UUUAGGUGCUGCAUUGAACACCUUUAUCCCUCGCCACUAAAUAUAAACACUGUCCAGUUAUACCCAAGUUUCUUCUUAAUGAAGUCAGUUUGAUGUUUUGUUGGUUUUUUAACUUGACAGUAGUAAGAUGGACAUUGGAUCACGGUGUAGCUGGUAAGAUUACCUACUCUUCUGUUGGCUGUUUUCAUCGAGAGCCUCCUCAGAGACAGCCUCAGGGGCCCAGGCUGCUGAAGUUUGAAGAGCCCCAAACAGAGUGACCCGAUCCAACUCGAAAGGCCGGUUUCUGGCGCCAGUCCAAAGAAAUUACUACAGAGUGCAACAUGGACCUGGAUAGCAAACGGCUGGUGGUGGUGGUGCCAAAUGAAAUGUCGGUGGCCCCCCGCAGAGUGUUCAGCAGCGAGGAUGAGGCGUGGAAGAACUACCUGGAAAACCCGCUGAUCGCCGCCACCAAGGCCAUGAUGAGCAUCAAUGGAGAUGAGGACAGCGUGGCAGCUCUGGGGCUGCUGUAUGACUACUACAAGGUUCCUAGAGAGAGAAAGCGCUCGUCCGGCGGUGUCCCGCCCCCGGAUCCCUCCAGCGCCUACGGUGGCCCGGACGUCCUGGAUCACCACAGCCAGGCUCUGAGAUCCAUGCCGGUGAACCUCUCCCUGAACGGCUCCGCGGCGGAACACCACGGCUCCAAGCGUGCCGCUGCCGCCGUUGCCUCGGAUACCAGAGGAGGAGACGGCAGAGGCGGCGGCUGUGCGCCUCUCGCCCUGGUGAAAACGGAGAGCCAGGCGUCCACUCCAGUUUUAAGCUCUCACCCGGAGGAACCCAGAGAGCAGCUGAGGAUGCUUUAUGAGCGGAGCUGCUACGACUUAUCGCUCUCUGGGUACCAAAGGGACGAGCAGAGCAGCCCUCCGGACAGCACGUAUGAGGAACGGCUGGGGGAAGAGAUUUAUCACAGAAGUCGAUCUUCACGAGUCGACGCGUCCCUCCAUCAACUACCAAUUGACUGCUUCACCUACAGCCUGGAGGCCAACAUGUCUCUGCGGCCGCGCCAAGGAGAGGGCCCCAUGGCCUACCUGAACCGCGGCCAGUUCUACGCCUUGUCUCUGUCCGACAGCGGCUACAGGUCGGCCCACUGUCAGCCCAGGGGCCCGGCGUCCAGCGGCGAGCGGCGCGCCUCUCUGAGAGGCUCCGACCUGCAGCGGGACACCGUGGUGCAGAGUGUGAUCAUGGUGGUGUUUGGGGAAGACAAGUCCAGAGACGACCAGCUAAAGAACUGGAAGUACUGGCAUUCCAGACAACAUACUGCAAAGCAAAGGGUACUGGAUAUUGCCGACUACAAGGAGAGCUUCAGCACCAUUGGAAACAUGGAGGAAAUCGCCUACAACGCCGUGUCUUUCACCUGGGACGUGAGCGAAGAAGCCAAGGUCUUUAUCUCUGUCAACUGUCUGAGCACAGACUUCUCGUCUCAGAAGGGAGUGAAGGGCAUGCCUCUGAUCAUCCAGAUCGACACCUACAGCUACAACAGCUGCAGCAGCCGGCCCGUCCACAGGGCCUUCGCUCAGAUCAAGGUCUUCUGUGACAAGGGAGCUGAGAGGAAGCUGCGCGACGAGGAGAAGAAGCAACUAAGGAGGAAGAUAAAAGGAAAGAACAGCAGCUUGGGGCCGAGCUCCCCCAUCAGGAGGGCUGAAAGCACGCUGUUCAAAAGCAUACUGGACCUGGACUCCCAGCCGGUCCUGUUCAUCCCUGAUGUCCACUUCGGGAACCUGCAGAGAGCGGGGCAGGUGUUUGCCGUCAACACUGAUGAGGUUCUUGUGGAGAGAGGGCUGCCUAAGAAGACCAUGUCAAGUCAGGAAGAGAUCUGCCCACCGCAGCCCAAGAAGUCCAGAGUGGAGCCUGAACGGAGAGUUCUGCUGUAUGUGAGGAAGGAGUGUGAUGAGGUGUUUGAUGCCUUAAUGCUGCACGCCCCAACCCUCGGCGCGCUGAUGGAGGCGAUUUCUGAGAAAUACACAUUGCCUGUUGAGAAGAUCGCCAAAGUUUAUCAGAAAAGCAAAAAAGGGGUCCUGGUGAACAUGGACAACAACAUCAUCCAGCACUACUCCAACGAGGACACCUUCAUCCUCGCCUUGGAGAGCUCAGCCGACUCGUUUCACGUCACCCUGUCAGAAAUAUGACCUCCGUCAGCCUCAGCGCCGGAUUCAGUCAUUACUUUAUGCGGACAGAGAAGAUGCCUGCUGAGUGAGGCAACAGAACUGGGUAGACACUCACAAGCAUCUCAAGUAACCGUUAAGAAUGGCACCAAGCAGGGUUCCCUGAACGCCACGCGGCAGUCUUAGAAAGGCAGCCUGGUCGCUUUCUGAACUGUUUUUUUUAUACCGUUGGAGCUGAUAAUAUUGCAGAUCUACAUAAAGCAACAUGCUGGUUUGCUGAGGUUCCACAGGAUGAACACUAAAUACCAAUGAGGUCUGCUGUUGGCGCCUCGUCUGCUUCCUGACUCGGCCAAAAGUUGUGCAGGUUGGUGUAUUGUAUGAUCUAGCAUAGCAUUAUUCAUGGUUCUAUGUUUACAGCUCUACACGAUGCCUCUAGAAAGUAGUUCCUAUGUUUUUGCUUGUUUUCUUUUUACUCUGAAUUCCUAUUUUUUUUGGUGUCAAAAGUUUGCAUGUGAGUUGCAAAUAGAUGUUCUCUGAGAAUUUUAAAAUGACAUGAUAGCAGUAUAGUGCUUUUUUUCUGGGUUCUUUCCAACAUUAUUUAUGAUAUUUGCUCCAAACUGAAGAGGUUUAUACAACUUUCUGAGAUUUCAGCUCAGAGCUUUACUUUCCUCUAUUUUUAACCAUACUGAAAAUGAUAUUGAGUGUCAACUUCCGUAUCAUUCUGUCUUUGGCACCAUGAUGUACAGUCUUAUUCAUGAAUCAUUAAAUAUAGUUUUAUACGCAGAA